AUCCGGGUUACUGAGAUUGGAUGAGAUUUGUCGGGAGGAUUGGUUGAGUUUAUAUUUUACAGAGAGGGAAUAGAAGUUGUAACAAUGCGUUUGUACGUGCUAAUCUUCGCCGUUGCUAUCUGUUUUUUCUGUUUAGCCGAGGCUGGAAAGAAGGAACGGAGACGCAAGAAGAUAACGGAGCAGCUCGCACAGCUCGACUUAGAGGAGAAUCUAAAUAGAGGCAAAAAUGAUGACGACGAGAUAACGAGUACUGACAGCGAUGAUGAAGCCAAAAUGGACAUUCACUAUGGCCCUCGUUAUAAGAAGAAAUACAAAAAGAACAAACACGGCAAAAAGGGAAAGUUUGAUCACAAGAACCAAAUGGCAUGGUUGAAUGUUAAAACAGGUUCUGAGUGUGAAAUUGAAUGCAAACAUAAAGAAGUCUGUAUUGUUGGGCCUAUUGAUUCCAAGCCGAUUUGUGUGAACAAAAAAGACUUGAAGAAAAGUUUGAAGCUCUUCUACCGAUUCCAGAAGAAAGAAAUGAAAGCCUGGAAGGAGUUUAAGAAAGAAAAAUACAACCAUGAGGCCAACAACAGAUAUCCAUUUGACAUUGAAGAGAAUGGGCAGGACCUGAAUGUAGACAACAAAAACUUGCAAGUUGUAAAACAGAACAACUCCAACCAAUUGAAGGAGGAGUCUCAGGUACAAAAGUAUGUUCCAUCAAAGUCUGAAGCUGAUCCAGAAGUUUGCACAACUGCCCAGUUUUCCCAAAUGAGGACUCGUAUGAUGGGCUGGUUCCACUUGUUACAUGGACAGGACCAUGAUGCCAGGAAGGCCUCUGGGAAAAGCAUCAAGCACUUCUACAAACAUUUUUCUGUGAAGAAGGAACUCAGACAAUAUGAUGGUUUUAAAUGUGAGUGCUUGAAGUCUGCAAUCUGGCAAUUCCUUCAGAUGGACAAGAAUGGAGAUGAUAGUCUAAGUGAUACAGAGAUGUCUAUGUUAGAAGAGAAUAGCUUAGAGCCCUGUAUGCGUCCAUAUCUUACAUCUUGUGAUCAAAAUGCAGAUCAAAAGCUAAGCAGUGAUGAAUGGUGUUGCUGCUUUUCAAAUGUUGUUGCACCAUGUUUCAAGAAAGUUGAUGACGUCAGGAAAUCAGGUGAACCAGUAGCCUAUAUGCCUCGCUGUGACAAAGAAGGAUAUUAUUUGCGAGAGCAGUGUGAGGGUGAAAAAGAUAAGGAGUUCAAGUGCUGGUGCGUAGAUUACAAUGGCAACGAGCUUGGCGGAACACGAACAAAUGGCCGUGCACAUUGCAGUAAAAUUGCAAUGAAUGGCAGCCAGAAAGGGAAGGCCUAAUCACUACUAAGGGUAACCAUAGAGAUCUAAUAUCCCAAAGAUAUUAUAAACCAGAAUUUUAUAAAUAUUUACAAAAGUGUUAAACUACCUGAAACAUUGAGCACCAAAAAUGUGUUUCUUAUUUGAGCAAAAUCAAACUGAAUACAGUUUUUGUAAUGUAUAUAAUUAGUCUUACCUUAAGCUUUUAAAAUGAGAUUACUUAUCUAGUCUUGUUUUAGAGAAUCCCUCAUUUUUAAGUACAUAUAAUUCUUUUAUUUAGACUUUGCCUAUUCCUUAUUUUUCUAUACCUUUACCUGUCUGUUGUUUUGCUUUUACGAUGUUAAAACAUAUUUCCCUGUGCUUUUGUACACAUAUCUAAGCUUAAAUGUAUGAAGUCUGCAUUUUUUCUAUGUUCUAGAACUGCUAUUACAAGGAUUUUAAUCAGCAAUAUUGUUGUAUUUUUAAGAGCUUAAAUUUUUUUACCAAAUGCAUAUUACAAGUUAUCUGUUUAAAAAUAAUUAAUGCUUGUCAACUAUAAUCAAAAAGUAAAUUGUUUAUGUUAAAUAAAUUUUUU